AUGCCUCUUCCCUCAGCACCAUCACAGUCCACUCGAAGGACUGUAACAUUGCAGAUCGAAUCUGCUGUAAUUGAUUGUGUGAAGGAGGACGCCUCAAGAUUCAUGAAUCUCUUUCUGUUUCAGUCAUCCCUUUAUCCAUCCACAAAUGAGGUUGACAAGUUGGCCAUUGCAGCACUCAAGUGUGCCAUUGGCAAACACCCAAAGAAUGGUGGCGAACUUAAGGAAUGGAAGUCAAGUACUGAAGGCCAAAAGUUUCUUUCAAGGCUGAAAGGAAAUGUCAGAAAGAUUCACAAGGACUGCUCCCAGGGUUGUGCUUGGGGGUUGUUCAGCUCAUAUUUGAUCUUCACUUCAGAAUACUAUCUUGCUUGCCGCAACAUUCUGCAAAUGGAAAAUACGGCAAUGCUCGAGGAAUGGCUGGUUCUAAGAUACAGAUUUUCACACUCCAGAAAACGAGGUGUCCUAUGGGGAAUUGAAAGGGGCAAUGAGCUGAAGGAGUUUUAUGGACUCUUGGAUUGCCUUCAUGAUUUCCUGGUAACACUCCUGAAUAGUCGACAUUGCAAUAUGGAGGCACCUCCUGUGGACAUGGAUCUUGGCACUCCAUGA